AUGUUCUGCUCCAGGAAGCUCCUGCAGCAGUGGUGCUUCGCUCUCUUCCUGCUCUGCUCCCCGGUGCCGCACUUCGGACGUCCCAUCGAUGCCCUGAGCAGCAGAAUGAAACGCUCGGUCACUCACGCUCAGCUGAUGCACGACAAAGGUCGCGCCCUCCAGGACUUCAAGCGCCGCAUGUGGCUGCAGGAGCUCCUGGACGAGGUCCACACGGCCGAGGUCCGGGACCUCCCGGUCCGGACCACCGGGGCAGGGGCGGGCAGCAGCGGGGCCGGCGGAGGGCUGCCGGGCGGGGGGCUGCCGGGCCUCAGCCUGGGCCUGGACCUCAGCACCACCGGCAGCACGAUGCACUCCAAACCCACCGGAGGAACCAAGAACCUUCCGGUGGUCUUCAGCCUGGAGGACGAGGAGGGAACCAACCUGCCGCAGGAAACCAACAAGUCGCCCACGUUCAAGUCUCCCGGCAAGAAGAAGAAGAAGGGCAGAGCGGGGAAGAGGAGGGAUGGAGAGAAGAGGAAGAGGAGGGUGCGCUCGGUAGGCCGCAGGGAGGAGGCGUGGAGGUCUCUGCUCGGCCUGCAGGGGGCGCUGCUCAAAACGCUGUCACACUGA